AUGUUGGGUGUUUUGUUUUUAGCUUUUUUCCCUGCAAUCGUUCUUGGAUUCUUUCAACAACAGGAUAAAGAUGAUCUCUUACGGGUACACAACAAUCUGCGUGCUCAAAUCGCGCUUGGAAAGUUCACGGCAAAGGGGAAACUGGUGCCUCCGGCGGCGGAUAUGCGAAAAAUUAAAUGGUCUCCAUCUCUCGAGUCAUCAGCACAGAAUUACUCUGAGAAGUGUAUCUUCGAGCAUUCUCAAACAAACGGUGUUGGAGAGAAUUUGUACAUGUCCUGGUCAUCAGCUGUUGAUGGAAUUGAGGGAAAAGGUGGGGAAAAAGGA